CUAGGCUCCCCAGCGACUUCCAUUCUCACAGACGGCAACUCCCUUCCACUAGCAAAUCGCCUGCAUCAAAACGCAUCAGAAGUGUCGCUCGAACGCAUGAAUGUCUCGCUACUAGGGCUUGGCAAGUUCCAAGCAUGGAUGACGACCCCACUGAAGAAGUAGGGAGCUCCAUUGGUGAGGUGGCAAGGCAAUGUCAAGACGCCCUCCGGAAAUGCCUUCAUAUCCCGCCCCUGAUGGAAUACGAAUGGGCCGAAAAUAGACUGGCCGAGUUCAACCUCUGGGCAGCCGGCACAGGCGCCUUCGCUGGCGAAAGAGCUUCCCUUGACUCCAGACUCGCCGUUGAAUGGGAAACCAAGAAUUUCCUCAUCAGCAUUCUGAUCUUGCUCUUGGGCUGCAUCGAAAAAUGCCAGGCGCCAGCCACAGCAGCGGACCAAGCGGAAGAGGAGACCAGGACAGCCGAGUCGGAAGCUGAAGCCCCAGAACCGGUUCGGUCUUCGAAGGAAACAUUGGAUGUCCCGGAACCAAUACCAAGGUCAUUUUCUCCGUGGUCAGAUAUGUCGUCUUCGGACUCGGAGUUCGAAGAAGAGUCCACACUCCCGUCGGCCAGCACCAGCACGUCUGCCACGUUUUCAGCCAAGGUUGAAGUGGAACAGAUCAUCGACCAUCUCUCUCGACUGGCAGUUGCUAUUCGGAAGUCUGGCGCCAACUCUAGGGCCCAAAAAGCAGACCGUCUUUUCAAGCCCAUAGAACACCAAGAACUGCGGGACCAUCUUACCCUCCUCAUUAUUGCGCGAGGAAGCGAGGAGGGCAGGAAACAACACUACAGCAUCGAUCCAGGCUCGCUGAACACCGUCCAGGAGAGACUUGUUCUCGCUAAUCUGCGCCGGCGGAACAGAUUUGUCUAUGCGCAGAGACACGCACAGAAGCUGGCCUUUGAUGCCCCGAGCACGCAAUCCAAGUUCGUACUGCCCAUCCUAGACGAUCCUGCCAUUCCCCAUGGUGGUGACGAAACUGGGCGGCCUCGGGGACAGAAGAAUGUCGCGUUGGCGGAGCAGGCCUGGACGGAAGGCGGAACCCCUCGACACCCCGUCGCCGCGGUGAUGACAGCCACGUCCGCGUCGGCUAUUGGAACGCAUAUCGAUCCGGUACCCCGGCAAACGACGACGCCGUCCCAGAUUGCAAAGACGAACAUUACCUCGACGGCUGCGAAGAUCACCUAUCCCCGCCCUCCGCGCCUUAGAGAAGGACUUCGGUAUUUUCAGUGCCCAUGUUGCUGUCAGACACUUCCGGAAAUGCUCCGGCAGGAUACACUGUGGAAGAAGCAUCUGAUGCAGGAUGUCUGCCCAUACACUUGCAUCAUCGAGGAUUGCUCAAACCCAGAUGCACUGUAUGUCACUCGAAGCGAGUGGAUGAAGCACGUCCGAAAGGACCAUCAACAAUGCUGGGAGUGCCUGCCUUGUGCAACCCCAGGCAAGUUACCGCCUAUUUUCCCUUCCGUAGAAGGGUUUCUUGAUCACCUACGGCACGUCCAUGGAGGCACCAUCGGCGAAGCCCAAUACUCGACCCUCCUCCUCGAUGCCGCAAGACCCGCCCCAUCAGGGAUCAGUCGAUGUCCCCUCUGCGACGAGACCGCCCCAGCGGAUUCUGAUCCUUUACUCGACCACAUCGCCGAACACUUACACUCCUUCGCUCUCUUGUCCCUCCCCUGGCCAAGAGAUGAAUCCCAAGAUGAGGAUCACGAGAGCACGGACUACUUCAAAAGCAACGACUACUUUGACGACGGCUCCGAAGACCAGUCAAACCAAAACAACACGGGCACCGAAUCGGACCGGGACGAGGACGGCCUGGAGUCCUUGCCUUCGAAUGCAUCUGCUCCAAGAUCUGUCGUCAGUCUUAUUAGCAGUGGCGAUGAGGGUGAGGCGUCUUCCCUGACCCAAAAUACUUGGGACUCGGGCGUUCAUCCCAAAGGUUUCACUAAGGAAGAUUGUAUUGAGUAUAUGUACAACCAGCCGCUACAGGUCUCGCCAAAUCAGCUUCCAUCCACUUCGGGCAUGGACCCAAUAUCAGAAGCACUGGGAGAUACUUUAACCACAAACGCUAUCACGAGACAGUUGUUGACCUUGUAUCCUAGUGGAUCACAAGAUGGAUCAGUGAGCUGGCUUCCCCAGCCUCGUCUCUACAUGGGUCUUGCGAUGAACGAGGGUGGCAUAGGCCCAAACCGUUCUGGGUUGGACGAGCAGGGUGGCGCAGGCCCAAGGGGUUCUAUGUUGAAUGAGCAGAUAGGCGCAAGCCCAAGCGGUUCUGGGUUGAAUGAGCAGGGUGGCGCAGGCACAAGCGGUGCAAAGGAAAAACGAGGGGUUUUGUCAAGACUGUUUAGGCGUCGUGACAAAAGCUGAGAUUCGUAUUUGCGUAUCGAAGAGCAUAAGACUUCAUGCUUGUCUUGUAGUGUACAUAUAAAGUUGGCCAACAGGUGCAUCUUACCUGUGAGAAUGAUCUCGGCUUUUUUUUUUUGUCCUACUCCUGACAUUGUAUACGCUUCGGGAAUGCUGGUCGAAUCCAAGGAAGCACAAGACUGGCAGGAGGAAGGAGCAUCUAGUCCGGCUAUUGCGCAGAGUCUCUUGCAGAUUAUGAUGAAGAAGAGGAGAAAGGGAUUCGAAAUUCAAGUGAACUUGGAACGAAUUCUGAUCAUCGAAUUAAUACAGACGAGA